AUGUCUCAUGUAUCUAUAAUCACUGGUGCCUCAAGAGGUAUUGGCAAAGCAAUUGCAGAAGUGCUUUUGAAAGACCCUAAUACAAAAGUCGUUGUUGUGGCAAGGACACAAGCACCAUUGGAAGCUCUUACAAACAAAUAUGGUUCAGAUAGAGUUGACUUUGUUGUUGGUGACAUCACUGACUCGUCAACUUCGGAAAAAGCAGUUAAGCUGGCUAUUUCAAAAUUUGGACAAUUAAACUCAAUUAUUGCAAACGCAGGUGUUUUGGAACCCGUUGGUCCUAUCGAAUCCACUUCUGUUGAUGAUUGGAAAAGGUUAUAUGAUAUCAAUUUGUUUGCUGUUGUUGAAUUGAUAAAGCACAGUUUGCCACAUUUGAAAAAAACCAAUGGUAAGGUCAUUGCUGUUUCCUCUGGAGCAGCCACAAAAGCUUACAGUGGAUGGUACGCAUAUGGUUCCUCUAAAGCUGCUUUGAAUCAUUUGAUUUUAUCCUUAGCUAGUGAUGAGAAAGAUGUUCAAGCUAUUUCAAUUGCUCCAGGUGUAGUGGACACUGAAAUGCAGACGGAUAUUAGAGAGAAAUUCGGAAAGAAUAUGACCCCAGAAGGUUUGCAAAGGUUUGUCGACUUACAUGAAAAUAAGCAGUUGGCCUCUCCUGAGGAGCCGGGAACUGUAUAUGCCAAAUUGGCUUUGCAAGAAUGGUCAGAGGACUUGAAUGGUAAAUUUUUAAGAUACAAUGACGAGAUCCUCAAGGCCUAUCAAUUAUAA